CUAUAACAGAUAUAAAUACAGUUGGAGUAUGUAAAAAAAAUACGGAUUUUUAUGCAAUAUGGUCAGAGAUGAUCAUUAGUCUUAUUGAAGAUGAUAAAUAUUUUGAGAAAUAUGGAGCAACUUUAUUACCAAUGUUAAUAAAAUCAAAUGAUCCAAAAUCAGCUCAUCAUAUAAAAGAGAUAUAUAAUAAAUGCAUUAAACUUGUUAAGGAAGAUUUGAAGAGAAAUCUGAAAUUACUUAAUAUUAUUACAUCAUCUAUGUAUGACUUAUAUAAAAAAUAUCCUGAUUAUUUAACACAGUUUAAUUCUGAAAUGUUUUUGGUUUUAGACCCAUAUUUUGAAAAAACUAAUAAUAAUA